UUCCGGUCCACUUCAUUUCCUCGGGACCUAUUAUUCAAGAUCUAAUUCAAAUCAAUUUUACUAGGUCUGCUUCAAUUUACUUAUACUUUCACUGGGACUGCAUGUCUUUCUCGAAUUUACACUCUGCUCGCAAGGCCAAAGAGGCCAAGUCAUUCGUCAAGGCACCCAUCUCUACUAUAUCGGACGUCAGAGAAGAUGAGGCAGCACCAUCUUCGUCCGUGGACCUCGCAGAGGAUGUUGAGAUUCGUCUCGCAUCCAAGCCGCUUGAAGUGGUACGCCUCGAGAACACGCACCGCGCCUUGCCUUCCUCACUGGAGAUCAGACACUCUUGUGAGACGGGCCGAGGGAUGUAUGCAAAGAGUGCUUUCAAAGCAGGCUGCGUGUUGAUGGCGACCAAGCCGCACGUUAGCGUGCUCUCUACCUCGUAUCUCGACGCGUAUUGCUCGUUUUGCUGCGGACCUUCUCCUCAAAGCGGGCUCAAGCGAUGUACACGCUGCCGUGUCGUACAUUACUGCAACUCUCAAUGCCAAAACAACGAUUGGUCCGUACACAAGCACGAAUGUGAUGCAAUACAGAAGUGGGCGCAAGCCGCACCGUCGUCCGAUGCGGCAAUUCCGGGAGAUGGUGUCAGAUGCCUGGGAAGGAUUUUGUGGAGCCAGCAGAAGGAAGGUCUAGACAGCGCAUGGACGAAAGAAUACAACAUGAUGCAAUCUCACAGAUCGUCUCUACAGCCGUCCGCAUUUGAGUCGCAUACACACCUUGCCCAUUCUGUUGUUCGCUACCUGGGAGUGUCGUCGCCACUUGAACUCCAACCGUACGGGUUGACGUCCGCAGGAGACCUGGUUGAUCUAAUCUCUCGAUUCACUACAAACACCUUCACUCUGACGUCUCCUAGCCUUACACCUAUUGGUAUCUCGGUUUGUCCGACAAUCGCGUUCGCGAAUCAUUCCUGCGACCCGAACGCUGUCAUUGUAUUCCCUCGCACGUCAAGCAAUCCACAGAUGCAAGAACCACUCAUGCAUCUGGUCUCAAUCAAGCCUAUUAUUCCGGAUGAAGAGGUUAUCACCUCGUACAUCGACGUCACGCUUCCGAAGCACGUCCGUCAGAAAGAACUUCAGGAGACGUACAACUUUACCUGCAAGUGUCGCUUGUGCACGAAGGCAUUGGCUGUUGAUCCUCGGGAGUCCAUAUGGUGCCCGAAGUCCUGUGGUGGGACGUGCCCCGCGCCAGCGGAUGAAGAUCCCAUGAGUCGUUGUGUCAAGUGCAAGGCUAUCGUUUCAGACACGGAUACCGUCAUCGACGCUAUUCGCGUCGGUCAGGAAGCGCUGGACAAGGCGACAUCUUUGCAAUUCAGAGACCCCGUGAGGGCCAAACACAUCACGACCAAUAUGCUCCCCAUCCUUAUCUCCGCGCACCUCACGCCGUCCUGUCACCCGCUCCUCCCGCUGACUCGCCUGCACAAGGAGCUGCUCAUCGCGUCGCUAUCCUCUUCGCUCACGCAAGACACGCUCGACGAGACGAUCCGUACCGCGCGGAAUUACACCGUCGGGCUAACCGCUGUCCUGCCGCAUGGCCAUCCUGUGCGCGGUAUCGCGCUCGCUGAACUUGGCAAGCUGCUCGCGGUCGACGAGCCGGCCCCGCCGGCCGAACUUUCUGUGGCCAAAGAGCGGUUCCCUCCGUCCGGCGCGCCGCGCCUGAAGCUCGCGUAUGAGACAUUGCUACGUGCACGGGACGAGCUUAUGGUGGGUUUCGGGGUAGGUAAUGGCGGCGGACUCGUCGCGAACGAGGUCAGAGAGGCGAUUGUGCGGUUGGAGAAGGAACUGGGUGCGUGGACGCAGGGAAUCAAAAACGUGUUGGAGGACGCGAAUGCUGGAAAGGCAAAUGGACAGCAGCAGUAAAUGCAAAAGUAGAUGAUGUGUAGAUUUGUAAGUCGACCUGGCACCAUUGCUGAGUAAUUUUACAAUGUUAUAAAAUAGGAAACGUUGAAGCGAA